CUUGCCACCGCAAGAGUUGGUAGGUGGUCGAGUUAUUCCAUUGGUCAAUUAUGGAGUCCUUAUCAAUAUGACCAUGUUUCCAAAGAAUCCGAAUUACUUUUCAACACGAAGAAAAAAAAAUAUUAGGAAAUCAUGAAGUAAGCAGGGCGGAAACGACUCGACUUCUGAGAUGAAUAGAAGAGUAGACGCGGCAGCCUAACCACCACCUCCCUCACUAACCCUCUUCAUAAACGCUGCCAUCUUUCUGCGAGUAAUGAAAGAUUGAAGGUCGCGCCACACCAAACAUGGCAAACAAGUUCAAGCUGGUUAGGAACUCGAACCGAGAGUCCCAAAGGUUCAGAAUAGUAGUUUUUGUAAUCGGAUGCUUCCUCGUCUCGAUGACCUUCAUUGUGGUGUCUCAACCUCAAUCCAUCCCUUUUCCCAUCUUGGGUUCAAAACCAAGUGUUCAUGUGGCUCCAAGCACCCCCAAGGCCGAAGAUACAGGGCAUUCUCAACGACUGGGUGAAAUUUCAGGACAAGACAAUGCAACAGAGCACAGCAAGCAGGAAAUGGAGAGCAAUAAUGAGAUUCAGGAGAAAAUAAUAGAAGGUGAUGACUUAAGAGCCCAUCAAGAUGAAGUGGGUGGUGAAAUUAAUUCAGCUCAGAAGGAAACUCUGAGAACUACAGAUAAACUAGAGAGCAAUAACAGCAUGCAGGAGAUAAGCACGAAAAGUGACGAGUCCAACUCCCAUGGAGGUGAAUUGCACAGAAAAUUUACACUCCCAACAAUUUCAAACUACACCAUCAAUGAUUCACUUCAAGUAGAAAAUGCUAGCAAUGCCGAGCAAUUAGGGAAAGAAAAUGAGACCACCACAUGUGAUCCCAAUUCUGGUGAAUGUGAUAAGGAUGGGGAAGCAGGACCCCAGGGGGACCCCAAUCCUGCCAUUGCCGAUCCAACUCAGGAACAAAACACUAGCAAUUCCAAGCAAUUAGGAGUGGGGGGUCAGAAUAUGAUGAAUUCAGAGAAGAAGCCAUUAUGUGAUUUUUCUCACUACCGAGUAGACCGAUGCGAAUUGGAAGGCGACAUCAGAAUUCAUAGGAACCCUUCCUCUGUUAUAUCCGUGGAAUCCACGGAGAGAAGCAGUGAAUCAUACCGCAUUCGGCCGUACCCUCGCAAGGGAGACAAGAUUGCUCUUAGCCGUGUCACAGAAGUGAUGGUAAAAUCGAGCAAAGACGGUCCUCAAUGCAGCAUAAACCACAACGUCCCUGCCCUAGUGUUUUCGGUUGGUGGGUACACAGGAAACCUCUUCCAUGACUUCACUGAUGUAAUGAUCCCCAUCUUCUUAACCGCCAGCGAAUUCAAUGGGGAGGUUCAGUUUGUCAUAACCGAGACCAGGCCUUGGUGGAUGAAGAAGUAUCUAACUGUGUUUCAGAAGCUCUCUCGGUACGAAAUCAUCGACUUCGACAACGAUGACAGAGUUCAUUGCUUCAAGCAUGUGGCUGUGGGUCUUCGAGCCCAAAUGGAGUUCACCAUCGACCCCGCACAAGAUCCUAAUGGCUAUACCAUGGUCGACUUCGCUCGAUUCAUGAGAAGCGUCUACUCAUUGGAGCGAGACGCCGUGACCAGGAUCGAAGAGCACCCCCACAGGAAGCCAAGACUUACGAUCAUAUCGAGGCAGCGAACCCGAAAAUUCACAAAUGUUCCUGAGAUAGUUCGAAUGGCACAGGAUCUGGGCUACGAAGUGGUGGUUGAAGAGGCUGGUGUGAGCACCAACGUAGCUCAGUUUGCAAGAAACAUUAAUUCUUGCGAUGUGCUCAUGGGAGUGCAUGGGGCUGGUCUCACCAAUCUGGUGUUCCUCCCAAUGAAUGCAACCAUAAUCCAGAUAGUACCAUGGGGUGGGCUGGAAGGGAUAGCCAUGUUCGACUUCGGACAUGGAGCCAAGGCCAUGAAGCUGAACUAUGUGCAGUAUAGCAUCAGCGUAGAAGAGAGCACCCUGACAGAGAUAUAUCCAAGAAACCAUCCUGUGUUCAAGAACCCCACAUCGUUUCACAAACAGGGGUGGGUUCUUCUAAGGGGAACAUUCAUGGACAAACAGAAUGUGAAGUUGGAUGUCAACAGGUUCAGGGAUGUUUUGUGGAAGGCCCUCGAGCACAUGAUGCAGUAGGUGUUUGUUCGAGGCUUUGUACACCUUUCACUUCAUAUAUAUUUUUUUUCACCAAUUAAUUCUCAUUUAUGCUGAAGAAAGAUGAUGUCUGCAACUUGAAGUUUAGCUGUAAUGAUGGAUAUAUGAUUCCUGUUUUGAAUAUUCUUGUAGAGGAUACUGGGUGGUUCGACCACCCUUUCAUUCAACUAAAGAAAUAAGGUGUAGAGGAUACUGGAUGAUCCUUGUAAAAAUAUUUUUGCAAGCUUUUCCUCAUUUCUGUCUA